CAGCCCCGGUAGUGUCAUGAGUUAGAUUAGUUGGAGCUGUGCUGGGGGCGGUGAGGGCUUGGAUUACAGUCCAGAACUCAAAGUGCUCCGGCGGUUCACGUCCUCGGAGGGGAGAGGAGACGCCCCGUCGCACACAUGGAGGAAAAGGAGAAGAAACGCUGCCUUUGGAAGUGAGGGGGAAUAAAGGAAGCCGGGAACAUGGACUCGGAGUCACUGGACGGCUGCAUUCAGAGUACGUUAUCGGCACUCUACCCUCCGUUUGAGGCUACUGCAGCCACUGUUCUGUGCCAAGUUUUUGAUGUGGUGGAGAAGACGUACCAUGGGGAUGGACUGCGCUACCUCAUAGACUUCCUGAUUCCAGCCAAGCACAUCCUGCAGUGCAUUCAGCAGGAUGCCUGUGUUCAGUACUGUGGCUUGGUGUUUCGCCAUGAGGGCUGGCCCUUCUGUAUCCAUGAGAAGAUUGUAGUCCAGCUGGCUUCCAUUGACUGGCGAAUCUUGAAGCCUGGUGACUUCUACCUGCAGGUGGUCCCCUAUCUGAAGAAAUCUCCACGUAUUGUAUUGAAAUGUUUGGCAAAAGACAAGCAUAAUGUAGAAGAAGUCGUGAUUCCAGAAGUCUCCUAUACCUCUAUUUUUACUCUGUCAUGGUUGAGUACUUUCAAUGGAGAGCGGAUGGGUAUAGCACUGGAAAAUUGUUUACUAACUACUGAUGAUAAAAUAUUUCGUGUCCCCUGGGAUAAAGUGGUUAAUCCUGAAUUUAUAAAUAAACCGAAAAUAAUUGAAAACAGUAUCAUCUCUCCAGAAAUUACAGAGGAACGUUCAAUUUUGUGCCUCCCCAUGGACCAUGCUGAGUGCAGUUCACCAGACCUAGGACCUCAGUAUCUGCAGGAAGAAAGUCCAAAUCAAGACAACCUGGUCAUCAGCAGCACAGCUCCCCAUUUAAGUGAAGCUCUUGUCAAUGGUGUCUGUACAAGUCCUGUGCCUCAAGAGAACUUGAAAAGUGACCUUGAAGGCGAGUACGUUGAGCUAUCGGAAGUUUCACGGCCCGGGUUUGGGCCACGAACGGGCUCUUUAACCCAGUCGCUGGCUUUAAAUUCUCUAACUCAGCCCAGAACACGAGUGAAUGCAUCUAAGGGCAAGCACAGGUUCAUUGUCAUUCAAGACAGUACCUACUCCGAGAACAUAAUUCAGUCAGCACUUAUGCAGAAAGAGCACUGUCAAACGGGCACUCUGAGAACGUCUUCUGCAGAAGUUCUCAAAAAUGUAAUUCCAUUGGAAAGCAGCAAACUGGUGGCACAUGGAGAACUCUCUCUGGAAGGUCAACUGAUACCAGGUGGCCCUGGAAACAUGGGGAAUAGCUUUCCUGGGGCUGAGCCUCCUGCCAGCAGUGCAGAAGAUUCAUUUGCACAGCAGGAGACCUGCAGUGAACACUCAGUUGAUUUGCAGUAUGCACUGUGCAGCUACAGCGACAUGUGUGCUGGAGACAGUGUCAGCUGCAAAGCACAAAUACCUGGUGCUCCUGGAAACAUGGAAGGAGAAAGUGAUGGUCCUAGUGGAAAUGCUGGUGUUGAAACAUCAGAGCAGAGCUCAGAAACUAUUCUAGAUGCUACUGCUGCUGAGGAGGCGAUGAUGCUGGGAGUACAUGGAGAACCACUGACUGAGGGUCAAGAUGAGGUGGCACAGAUGGAUGCCUCUCCUGUCUCUGCCCCAGGGUCUUCGGGCCCACAUUGCGCACUGGAGGAAGGUGCUGAUAUUUCUUGCCAGAGCGGCAGUAAAAGUGUUGCACCAGCCCAGGCCACUGCUUUGCUUAUCACACCUGAGGAUUCAGAUGUAGAUGUGGAGGGAGGCUCUCCUUCAGGGAACGCAGCAGAUGUAGGAGUUGUUGGUGCUUGCUGUAGUGAUCAGGAAGCAAACCUUAGUUCUCCAUUAAACCCUCCAGAACAGAACCAAGGAGAAGUAGAUGAAUUUGAGCUGGGAAGAUGGGACAGCCCAGAGGAAGUCAAAGAGGCUGAACAAAUAUUGACUGCAAAUGGGAAUCGAACUAGUCAAAGUCACUGUUCUGAUAAAGCUCCUACAGAUCGGCUCUUGUCAGGCGGUGAAGAGCAAGAGGUCUCUACCUGUUGGCUGAAGGAAGCUGAAGAAGUCACACUACACCAAGCUGCUCUGUCAGCAGCGUGUGAUCAGAUGGCAGAACAAUUAAAUAACAGUGACACUUUGAUGGGCCCUGAUGCACAAGCAGAAGGCUCAAGUCAGUCCAGAACCCAGAGGUCUGGAGAGGGGUGUGAGGAACCACAAGGACGAAUAGAAAGCCAUGGCCAUAAAAGUGAAGAGAACUCUGCGCUGAACUCGGAGUGUGUUGCAGUACAGGACUUGCAGGAAGGAGAAGAGAACCAGGAAAGUUUUUCCUGUGCGGAAAAGUCAAAAACUAUAGCCUUAAAAACACUCGAAUCCAUUGAAGAGGAACUGGAGGUUGGAGCACUCCCCUCAGGACCCACCGAGGAGCAUAUGGAGCCCACUACUCUGCACUCCCACCAAGAGGCAGCUUCUGGGGCAUCACCUCCUGAAGGGAUGGUGUCAGAAGGGGCAGAGGCAAGAAAAGAAGCAACUCGCACAGAUGUGUUGAAACCAGUGAGUCAAGUCAGUACCCUGGAGGAAAACUCAACAGCCAUUACUCCCCCGACAUCCCCAUCUCCUGGGGCUGUCUGGGGUGGUCGGUCUGCACCUACCAUAGUCAAGGAUGUGAACCCAGAAGUGCUCAGGAGUGGAGUUGCCUACCUGCCUGGUACCAGAGAUAAAUCAGGACGUGCAGUGGCCAUAAUAACAACAAGGAACACAGUCUGGUUAAACCCCCACUGCAAUACCACUGAGCUUGUACGCCUUCUUCUGUACUUGCAUAGCAUCCCAAGACCAGAAUGUCAGGCUUUGGGUCUAACUGUUCUUGUGGAUGCUCGUCGCUGUUCACCGGUUCCCGCUCUCUUUAAGGCAUUCAGCACACUGCAGGAAGUAGAUCCUAAUUGUAUUCACGGAGUACUGCUUCUUGUUGAGAGAGACCUGACUUUUCGGAUGGAGAAGCCACCAGCAGGACAGUUUGAACUUCUCACCUCCAUGAAAUCCCUCCAUAAGCACAUAGACAGCUCACAGCUGCCUCUGGAGCUGGAUGGGACCUUCCCUUAUUGCCACCCAGACUGGUUAAGCUUCCGCAUGAAGCUGGAACACUUGCUACAAGGAUGCCAAGGUGCUUGUGCCUUCCUCCAGGGAGCUAUUCAUAAAGUGGAAACUGGAAAAUCGCCAGAAAGAGCUGAGGAGGCAGCUGUGCUGCUGAGGAAUUACAGGCAGUUGAUGAAGAAUGUUCUUGAAGAUGCACGGCUGGUCAGGCUGCAGCUGGAGGGGGGAGCACUCCUGGCCAGGCUGAGGAAGGAGGAAUCUUGUGUCACCCUCACCCAUGACUACAGAGAUGCUCUUGAUGCUGCCAGCAUGCUUUAUAACCGAGUUGAUGAGGGCGUUCACCGGCUAGUGAUGCUGUCAAACAAACGCAUCCAGGAACUGGAGCUGGUGAUAGAGUUCAAGAAAGUGGAAGAGUGUUUUAAGGAGGUCAGCAGUUGGAUCGAGAAUGUUGGCAGAAAACGGUUAAAGGAAACAAUCAACCUGGAUGAUUCUUUGGAGGUGCUGCUUCAAGCACAGAAGCAGUUCAGGGAGUUUGAUCUUGUUGCCAGUGAAUAUUGCAGAAGGGGGCAGCAAGCACUAAAGAAGAUGGAUCGGUGGGAAGACUUUUCCUCUGUGGAUGUGCAUUCCUACAGGGUGAAGCUGCAGACCUACAGAGAUCAACUGGAGGAGUUCUGCACUCAACUGGAUGAAAACAGGCACCAAAUCUGUGAGACAGUCAGGCUCUAUGAGUUCUUUGACAAGCUUUUAGGCCCCUCUCAUGGCUGCAGUGGACAGAAGGGUCAUGGUAGUGCUGGCUCCAGUGACAAAGGCUGA